AUGUCUUCCGUAUUUAACGCCGAAACGGCAGAAAACUCCGAGGAUAUCGAGAAGCAGUUCGCCGUCAAAGCCGUCAUGUACAUGCAAACUCACUGGGAGCUCCUAACUCGAUGCCGUGGCACUGAUCUCAAACUCACCAAAAUCGACGACGAAAUCUACGAACACUUGAAAGAGACAUUUCCAGACCUCGAUGUUUCGAAAAAGUUGGAUGAAGACGAGAUGAAGAGCAAAGAAGGGAAGGAGAAGUGGAGAAAUUUCGUUAACGUCUAUGAAAAUAAGGUUAAGGAUUUCAAUUUCGGAACUAUGUUGAGGACGGAGCCAGGGGCAGAGUAUGAUCAAAAUACUACGAUAUUCUCCGUUCGAAUGCAGUUUUAUGCCAUAGAAAUCGCAAGGAAUAAGUUGGGAUUGAACGAUUGGAUCUAUAACCAAGCACAUCCAUAG